CCGCGCCUCCUUCUGAUUGGCGGAGAGGCGGUUUGGCGCCAGCGACGGGUGGCGGCCGGGCUCAGUGCGGCGCGGGCAGCGCUGCCAGUCGGACGCGCGGCUCGGUUGGCUCCGGCUCGGCCCGAUGGAUCCCGCCGCGUCCCGCCGCCUCCCGCCGCUCUCUCCGGCUCCACCCGCCGCCGUGGUCAAGUCUCUGUUUCCUGCCGAGCUCUCGCCGGUCUCGGAUCUUCGCCGCACCAUGGAGCAGCUGGGACACGGGCAGCAUGAAAAUACUGAACAAGACCUGGGAAACAAGAGCACAAAUGGUCUGCAAAGAACAGUGUCCUCAGAGUCGACAGACUCAGGUUGCUGCCCUUGUGAUUCGCUCAUCGGCCUACCCCUGACGCCCAGGACAUCCAGAGAGGAAACGUACGUAAGCAGAUUUGAGAAGGCAAUUCUUGCAUCUAGCAGACUGAACCUUCGACUGCCUCUCAGAAGAAUCCAUUCACUGCCGCAAAGGCUCCUGGGCUCCAGUCCUGCUCUGAAGAGAAGCCAUUCGGACUCCACAGAUUGUAAUGCUUUUCAGCUCCUAGAACAGAAUGAGAAUAAGGAGAAUGAAUCAUUUGAGUUUAAGAAGCCGACCAAGCCAGCUUCUCGUAGUUCUGUGCACGUCCACUCCCAUGGUGGGAAAAGUGUUCUUGGACAAAGGCAGGACUCAGCCCUGGCUCAGGGAUUUCCCACUCAAGAAAUGCCCACGGGUGAAGUGGAAAACUACAGGCCAGCUUUCCUGCAGCAGGCUUCUCUGCCUUCCUCUGAAAGCGAAGAUGAUGAUGGAUUCUUGGAGCUCUUAGAUGAGCAAGAUCUGAAGAAUGAUGAGGAGAUGCCGUCUGACGUGUCAAGUCUCUGGACUGCACCGCUGGUCACCAGGAGGCCAUACAGCCGGGCCAGGCGAUGCCGCCUCUUUGGCUCUUCAUCUCUGCCCAGCGGCGUAGGCAGAACCACCCAGAAAAGAAUGGAGAGGUCCCAAGAGGAGAGUUCUUCAGGGAAAAGCAAGAAGAGGAAAAGCCUACCUGGAGCACAGUCUGAAGACUCAGAGAACACAAAAAUAGUAAAGACGCAAUCCUCUGCAGCAGAAAUCGAGAGCAUUUUGGCCAGUGACCAGAGGGACCUUAUUGGUGACUUCUCAAAGGGUUAUUUGUUCCAUACUGUCGAUGGGAAGCAUCAAGAUUUAAAAUACAUUGACUCAGAAAUGAUUGUGUCUGUCCUGACUGGGAAGUUUGCAAGCUUCAUUAAGGAGUGUGUGAUCAUUGACUGUCGCUAUCCGUACGAGUACGAAGGAGGACACAUCAAGGGUGCUGUGAACCUCCACAUGGAGGAGGAUGUGGAAGACUUCCUGCUGAAGAACCCAAUCCCUCCCUCGAAGAACAAACGGGUGAUCAUCGUCUUCCACUGCGAGUUCUCCUCGGAGCGGGGGCCUCGGAUGUGCCGCUUUGUGAGGGAGCGGGACAGGCUGGGGAACGAGUACCCCAACCUGCAUUACCCAGAGCUGUAUGUCCUCAAGGGGGGGUACAGAGACUUCUUCCUGCGAUGCCGGAGCUUCUGUGAGCCGCAGAGCUACCGCCCCAUGCACCACGAGGACUUUAAAGAAGACUUGAAAAGAUUUCGCACCAAGAGCCGAACCUGGGCCGGUGAGAGGAGCAAACGGGAACUGUACAGUCGCUUGAAGAAACUCUGAGGGCCAAAAAAGUGAACAAAGACUGCACCCCAUGGCAGGGGGGAAGCUGCAGCCUGCUCCUUGCUGGCAGUUAUCUGGUGUCUGCUCUCUUCAUCUCUUGUCCUAUUGGGAACACUGCAGCCACCGCUGGAACUGGGCAGCCUGGGUGCUGGCUGGCAGCUGGCUUCUGGGGCAAUGUGCUGCUCCGGGGGAAAGGCUUUGCACAUCACCACAUCCCCCAACUGCCCCACGACCCCCAGGGCUGGAGGAGGCUGAGGCUGGUGCGAACAGUGAGGAUCUUUUAGUGCUGGUAGCUUUUAAAUGCCUUGUUUUAAUUUAAAUACAGUCCAACGAAGCUUAAUGGUGCUGCAGUUGAAUCAUCCGGGUUGUGCUGGAGGCUGGUUCUGCUGCGGGGGGUGUGGGGGCUUCAUUCUUUUUCUCAGCUUUGAUUGUGUUUUGGUGAGGUGAGGAAAUGGUUCUUCACAGUUGGGGUUUCCAUGUGGCUGAACUCCCACAUGACACUGUAGGAGCCCUCUGGACAAAACCCUGCGGGGAAAUGGUGUGUUUUGUGUUGUAUCAUGUUCUCCUCAUUUACUGGAUUGCUUUAUUUCAUAGCAGCUUGAAUGUAGCUGAUGGGAUGGUGUGGGGUGUCAGGAGGGCUGGGGCCCCAUGCUGUGUUUAUGUGGCUGCUGGGUAUUUUGUUGUGAGGUUUCUGGAGGAAGCACAUGGAUCCAUCAAUGUGCUGCUGGGCUGCCCUGCAUUCACCUUCAUCCACCUCUGAAGCAGCAAAGCCUCCCCUGCUGGGAAAUGGGAAUCCUGGAGGGAAGAAGAGUUCUGCAGCCAGCACCGCCUGGAGCAGGGAGCUCCAUCACCCACCUGUAACAGGGCUCAUGGUUGCACAUUACAGCAGGGCUGGUGUUAAAGCUGUGCUGGUGCUUGUGUCACAUAGGACCAGACAACCUCAGUGCUGGCAGGGCUGCUGCUUUGCUCUGGCACCGCUGUGCUGCGUGGAGCUCAUCCUCCCUGCCCAUGUAGUGCUGCAGGAGCAUCGCCUGGCAGCUCUGCUGCUCCCAUUGCAGACACCUGCACGCUGCAAAGCUCGGCCUGCUCCAUGUGAGCUCCUGUGCCCUGCAAAAAAAAAACAUGGUAAUGGUGCCUUAGGUGGAGUUCUGCCUUUAAGUUCUGCCUUCAUUUUGUGGUUGUUUUUAUUUUAAAGACUUUCUUAAACUGCUGCUCAUCCCCUGCAGAACAGGGAGGGCAGAUCUGGAUUCGGACUUUCUUAUUUUAAAAUCAAAACAGCACCAGCUCAGCUUUGAGAAGGCAGCACCGUCAGCUGGCAGCGCUGCUAUGGGACUGUCUGUAUGUGCUGGGAGGUGUGGGCCCAACGUCAAGGCCACUGCAAACCCAUCGUCCCUCUGUGUGAACUUUGCAAAGAGAAAAAGCAGCAGCUGCAGCAGUGUUGGGGCGAUGCUCUUUUCUGACAUCACUUCUUGGCUGUUUCUGUGCUAAGAGCAUUCUGCUCUGUGCUCUUGCUGUGGAUGUCUCUAUAUUCGCUCCUCCUGCGCAGGAGGUCGCUGUAGGGCAGUGCUGCUCCCAUUCUCCUGCCCAGCCAGAAGGGUGGUCCUGCCUUUGUCCCUGCUGUGUUGUGUGUAAGGGGAGCCCUGGGGCCGUGGAGGAGGAGGCUGUAUGUCCGGAUGGGGUCUGUGCUACGUCAGCCUGCAGCUGUAAUAGACAUCUGCCAGUACAGAGAAUAAAGUCCUUAAACUCUGA